UUAUUUGAGGAUAUUCCAAUUAAUUUAUCUGAUUUUAGGGGUGGUGUUUAUAAUUUAGAUUUUUUGAUUAAUACAUAUUUUUUGAGCCUUUGAACCACUUGCAGUCACCACCGUCGUGGGAGGAGUUUCAGUCGCCGCCGCCACGGUAUAUUCAACCAACCUUUUUCAACGCGCUCGUAGGUUUUACUGAUGCCGUCGUUCCGUGUUGUUUCGAUCUACCUCCGUGCGUAGAACGUUUGCGCCGCCGCCGUUUAUAGUGGCACUUUCGCCGUCGUCGGAGAAAAGGUUCUGUCAACGUGUCUUCGUGCGCGUAGAUCUAGAAUCGCAAUCUACGGUCGAAGAAACCCUAUCACCGAAUUCCGAUUGCAGUCAUCAAUUACUGUACUGCUUCUCCCACAACUGCAUAGCUGAGUCCGUUGCUCGAGAAUUGCUCAUCACCAUUGUUUUUAGCAUGGAUAAUUCUGAUGCCAAAUCUGCUGAAAAUCAGCAAACUGAACAAGUGUGUAGUUUCUUCCGAAAACCGGUUAAUAAGAAGAAUAUAAGGAAACGAACGGUUGAUAAUGAAGAUAAUGAGGAUGACUCGAACAAUGGAGGUUCUUUGAUGCAUGUUCAGAAAAAGACCAUGAAGCCCGACAAUAAAUUGUUCUUUUCCACGGGCUCUUCAAAAAGCUCUAAAUCUACUGAAGCGAAUGAAGAAUCUGAAAAACACGGCUUUCAUUUUGAGUCUUCCAAAGAGAUUCAAGUUCAACAUGAUAGCAAAGCAACUGCAACUUUGGAGACUGAGACUGAUUUUUCGAAAGAUGCUCGUGCCAUUCGUGAAAGAGCUCUUAAGCAAGCGUCAGAGAAUCUCAAAGGAAAGGGAACUGGCUCAGAGGAUGGAAAAUUAUACAAGGGAAUCAAUUAUUACACAGAUCAUAAGGCUGGAUUUCGUAGAGAGCACACAAUUGCUGGUGAAAAGGCCGGUGGGUCACACGGUCCUCUCAGGGCUUCGUCUCACAUACGAGUUUCAGCAAGAUUUGAUUAUCAGCCUGAUAUAUGCAAGGAUUAUAAGGAAACUGGUUACUGUGGGUAUGGCGAUUCAUGUAAAUUUAUGCAUGAUCGAGGUGAUUACAAAUCUGGGUGGCAGAUGGAGAAGGAAUGGGAAGAAGCUGAGAAAUCAAGGAGGAUGAGAUUGGCUGCAGGUGAGGAUGCAGAAGAGGAGGGUGCUAAUUUGAAUGACGAUGAUGAUUCCGAUGAUGAUUCAUUACCAUUUGCGUGUUUCAUUUGUAGAAAUCCAUUUGUGGAUCCUGUUUCAACCAAGUGCAAACACUACUUCUGUGAGCAUUGUGCAUUGAAGCAUCAUGCAAAGAAUAAGAAGUGUUUUGUAUGCAACCAGCCAACACUUGGCAUUUUUAAUGUUGCUAAUGAGAUACGAAAGAAGAUGGCUGAGGAUAAUAAAUAAACACAUCCAAUACUAUCCGUUUAUACCUUUGCUUCUUGGAGGUUAUCUUCAUUUGUUCUCUUUCUCUUGUUUUCCCAUUUAACUUUGUCAAAUUGGAGAUGCUAUGUAAUGAGCUGAAAACAUAUAUUAUUAGGUAAGCGCACAGGCCCCAUCAUUUUUGCAUCUAUCUUACUAAUAGACCAGAAUAUAUAAAAUAGUGAGAAAAUUGAAUUUGUUUAAAAUAGGCCAUUAAUGGUAUUUGUUGUAGUUCUUGUUGUAGUGUAACUCAUUUUAAUUCUCUAUAAACUCGAGUUUCUAACUUUUCUAA